AUGGACAUCGACCAGAAAUCGGGCGAAAAAAGAGAUAGUCAUGGACAGCCACACAAAGGCGUGCAUAUGCGAGGAGGCCAGGGGAGUGCACCCCUCAGGUUCGACCCUCGUCAGCUGAAACCAUCGGGGUUGAUUGGUCAAGUAUCUGACCACGAGCGCAAACACCCUCAGGAUUCUCAUCCGGCGUCUCAAGUCGGACCAGGCGGUGCGACCGUGCUUCGACGCGUGACAUCUUCUGAAGACACGCCUUUCAAGAGCAUGAACCACCUCAGGCCGUCGGGUCCGCUCUCACUGGCAGGAACAGUGGCCGCUCGAUAUGAUUUGAUGAAGUACACCGAAGUCGUAUGGUUGUGGGGUUGCUUCUGGCUGUUUCAUCCUCCCGAUAUCGCCAUGUGCCCCGCGGCGUCGCAGCCCACCGUGGCUGCCCACAGCCCAGCCACCGUGUCGUUUGCUCCCGGUGCUACCCAGGCUGUAGCUUCCAGUCCUCGGCCGCGCACGAAGUCAGCUGCGGCUUCUCCGUCUUCAGAUUGUUCGCUACCGUCCGCCCCUUCCACGACCGCAACGACGUCCGCAGAAGCAGUCUCCCGUAGCCCGCCGUCGGGCUCGCCCUUCUAUCGAGCGUUCCUCUCCCCGCUGUGCGAUCAGAUUUGUCUGCGUCUCGUGCCUGCGUCCGUCUCUCCAGACUUCAUUUCUUUCCUCGCGCUAUGCUGCGCAUCUCUUUCCACCUUUUUCUGCUGGCAAGCGGGCAUGCACAGCUCUGUCCAGGCUGUGCGGAGAGAAGCAGGGUUUUCAGGUGAAGCUGGGAAGUUUGAAAGCAGCGAUAUGAACGAGGCGCCGCCUUCGUCUUCGCCCUCUUCGGCGUCCUCUUCUUUCUGGAUCUUCUCGGGGGCAGAAGCUGUGUCAGAUACGCCGUUCUGGACUGUGGCGGGCGUUCUGUGGAUGAUGUAUUCUGUCCUCGAUAACGUCGAUGGGAAACAGGCUCGCCGGCUCCGCCGAUGCACAGCGGGCGGCGAUUUCCUCGACCACUCGAGCGACAGCAUCGUGACGUCCCUGAGUGGCGUGGUGGUGCUGUGGACGCUUCUGCUGCGUCCCUCCUCGCUGCCUCCGCGCCCGGUCUCCUCUUCUUUUCGUCUCUCUCUCUCCCCUUCGCCCUUCGGAGACACACAGACAGGCGGCGGCAGCGGUAUUAUCUCUCUCGGCUCUCUUGACUGCUUGACGUUUAUUCUCAUCGCCCAGCUGCCCUUCUUCAUCGCCACGUGGGCGCACCCCAUCGUCGGGCGGACGAUUCUCUCCUCUUCGCUGGAAGGCUGCCACUGGUUCUCCGUCGACGAAGUGAACUUCCUCGUCAUUCCGUCUCUCCUGUUUCUUCGCGCGCUGGUCCCCGAUUUCUGGUCAACCACGCUCGUCUCGCUUCUGCCACUUUGCCCAGGCUGCCUACACCCGCUCGUGAACGCGGCGUCUGUUGUGAUUGGCGCGCCCUUCCAACUGGGCCACGAAGAAGUCACUUUCGGGGUCUGCUUCAUCUUUGGGAGCUCCACGCUCUCUCUCGUCGCCUCAACAAGGCUCCUCGUGCGGCUACUCAGAUGCGAGCAUCUUCCGCGCCUGCUGCCGGGCGUCGUCCUGUUUGCCGGAUCGCUCGCGUUCAAGCCGCCAGUUCUCCUUCAACUCGGCGUCUUCUCCCUAGUGUGCUUGGAGCUCAUCGCCGCGCGGCUGAAGCUCCACGUGCGAACCCAGCUGUACAUGUGGUGGCCGGUCGCCCUCUACUACUUUUUUCUGUUCACUCUUCACGGCAAGGAGACGGCGACUGGUGCCUGCGCUCCCGAGGCGUUUGGACGCUUUGUGGCGGAGAACUACACGUACAACAGCGCAGCCCUCGUGACCCUGGUGCUGCUAAGCAUUUGCUUGCUGUCCUACAAGCACAUCAUCAACAAGCGGAACGGGAGUCCCCAGCCGGCGAAGAAGACUGAGUAG